GGAAGGAUAUUGACAUCCUAUGCCAGCAAAAUCGAUCUCUGUCUCUUUAAACUCCUGAUCAUCAAACAGUUUGGCUGGUUUCACAAGCCAGGCACAGCACAUUGACUCAUGAACACAAUGAAAUGGACCUAAGACUGUUUCCUCUUCACAGCAGAUAAAACAGUUCACCCAUGUAAAGGACAAGUCACUAGUCAUCAACAGAUGGUGAUGUCUGCUUGUGGAAAUUAAGUCAGUAGUCUCCUCAAUAGUGAAGACAUUCCUGGCCUGGACUUGAUGGGAAAGAGAUUGUAAAACAUCACACAUUUCUUGUAAGUCCAUUUAUCGAUGACUGAAGAAGGUCAAGAUGUCUGAGGCCUUUGAAGGUUCUGGAACCCCUCCUACCAAUUGCACCACAAUAUCCCCCAACUCCAGUAUGAAUGGGACCUCAGUGGUUUUCCAGGGCUUGCAGCUAGUCCAACAGUUGAAGUUGCUGAUCAUCUUUAUGUACACGGUUGUGGUUGUGAUCGGGAUGGUAGGUAACUGCCUCCUGGUUCAUGUCAUCUUGCAUGUAAAGAAGAUGCACAAUGUCACAAACUUCCUCAUUGGGAACUUGGCUCUUUCUGAUGUGGCCAUGUGCACCACCUGUGUCCCACUUACUCUUGCUUAUGUCUUUGAGCCACGUGGCUGGAUUUUUGGCAGCACCAUGUGCUACUUUGUCUACUUUAUGCAACCUGUCACUGUUUAUGUCUCCAUCUUCACUUUGGCCACAAUUGCCGUGGACCGGUACAUUGUUAUCAUGCACCCGUUGCGACGCCGUGUCUCCUUGCAGCUCAGUGCCUACAUUAUUCUCUUCAUUUGGAUUCUCUCCUGCUGCCUGGCAUUGCCCGCCAUGGCACACACCUAUUAUGUAGAGCUGAAGCAACAGGGCAUCACCUUGUGUGAGGAAUUCUGGGGGGAACAGGAACGACAGAGACAAACCUAUGCCUUGUGUUUGCUGCUCCUUACCUACCUCUUCCCUUUGUUGGCCAUUUUGAUAUCCUAUAUCAAGAUCUCCCUCAAACUAAAGAACAGAGUAAUGCCAGGGAGCAUCACUCAAAACCAAGCAGACUGGGAUAGAGCAAGGCGGAAGAGGACUUUCUUUUUGCUGGUCAUGGUGGUAGUGGUCUUUGGAGUGUGCUGGCUUCCCCUUCACACCUUUAAUUUAAUACGGGACAUAAACAUCAAUGCUAUUGAUGCCUAUUAUUUCAGCCUGAUCCAAUUGGCUUGUCAUUGGUUUGCUAUGAGUUCAGUAUGUUACAACCCCUUCAUAUAUGCAUGGCUCCAUGAUAGCUUUAGGGAAGAGCUUAAAAAAUUACUUGUUUGGCAUAGAAAAGUAAUUCCUACUGGACAAAGUGUGACUGUAAGUGUUGUUAUCUGACUACCUUUCCUAUAUCUCUUAGACAUUUGUCUAUGUUGAGGUUUUAAAGAGUUAAAUAUGUGAGAAAAGAGAGAUUCAGACCAGCAAAUGAUACCAUAUUUCUAUUAUUGCUCAAACCUUACCUCCAGACAACACACAUUCACAUCAUACUCUAAAUAUAACCGCUUUGAAUGAAAUAUAUAUAUGGAAGGAAUAAAAAUGCGAUUAAAAUUCUAUUCUAUAUAAGAUUCUCCCACCUCCUGCUUCAUAUCAGUGAUGCUAUGUUGGUACAGUAAUGUUAUUUUUUCCCUUGGUAUUUCAGAGCAGGACAUUUUCAAUAUAGGAUAUGACUGUUAUGAAUAUCAAAUUUAUGUGUUUAAACAUUGUCUAAUGAAUUCAGCCUGUAGUCAUACAGAGUUACUCAGUAGCUGUAAAUGGCAUUCGGCUUAAGCCCAGAUCCAUUUUUAGCCAUUUCCUUCAGCCAAUCUGGCUCCUUCGGUUUGUUUGGGUGUCAGUAACAGCAAGGGGCCAGCCAUCAUGAAUUCCCAUCCAAAACAGGACCACAGGGCAGCUGGUUAGGCUCCUCCUCCCCCUUUUUAUUUUUCUUUAUUUUCCCUAUGUUUUCUUGAUUUUUUUUUAGUGGGACUGACUUGGAUUUGGGGACAUCCAGGAUGGGUAGAUGAAGUGCAUGCACACAUUUUGGGGCUUGGGAGAGUCAUCCUUUUAGC